UCUCCCUUUCUCAUCUUACUACUCCUCCAUCCUUUCACAAUGCCUUCCCUUCUUCUCACUCUCUUAUUCUCCCUCUCCUUUUCCGUUCACUUCAUCUCCGCUGCUAGAGACCCAUCUUUCCUCUUCCGUUCCCACGGAGGCCCUCUUCUCUCCGCCAACAUCUCCCUCAAUCUCAUUUGGUAUGGCAAUUUCAACCCUUCUCAGAAAGCCAUCGUCCUCGAUUUCCUCUCUUCCCUUUCUUCUUCCAAAUCAAUCCCCCCAAACCCCUCUGUUUCCACCUGGUGGAACUCUGUUCUCAAAUAUCAUACCAUUUCCAAUUCCAAACCUCUUUCUCUUUCUUUAUCCUCUCAAAUCCUCGACCCCAAUUACUCCCUUGGCAAAUCCCUUACCAAUUCCCACAUUCUCUCUCUCGCUUCCAAAGGGGGUCUCAGAAAUUCAAUCAAUCUCGUCUUAACGGCCGCCGAUGUCACUGUCGACGGAUUCUGUUUCAACAGAUGCGGCUCCCAUGGAUACUCUCACGGAGCUCCGAUUAAGGGGAAGUCCUACAAAUUCGCUUACAUUUGGGUGGGGAAUUCCCAAACCCAAUGUCCGGGUUACUGCGCUUGGCCUUUCCACCAACCCUUGUACGGCCCACAGACACCGCCGUUGGUUGCGCCUAACAAUGACGUUGGGAUGGACGGCCUUGUUAUUAACCUCGCUGCUCUUCUCGCUGGAACUGCAACCAACCCUUUUGGGAAUGGGUUCUAUCAGGGCCCUAAGGAUGCUCCGGUGGAGGCAGCGUCCGCCUGUACCGGAACCUUUGCUAAGGGUUCAUAUCCCGGAUAUCCUGGGGAGCUUCUUGUGGACUCGGUUACCGGUGGGAGUUACAAUGCGAAUGGUGGGAAUGGGAGGAAAUAUCUGCUUCCAGCGCUGUUUGAUCCCACCACUUCUGCUUGUUCUACACUCGUUUAAUGCUAAACAGACGGCGUAUUCAAUCAUCGGCUUUUCAAGAUUAAUUACAUUCAUUCCUUUUAUUCAUUUUAUACAAUUUUUCUUUUUGUAUUUUUUGGUAUAUUUGGUUAAUACACACAUUAUUAUUUGUAAA